AUGGCCGGCAAACGCAAGGCCGGUGAGCAAGGAGGCAGAUAUGUGACUGCCCCCGAGUUUGCCCGGCGGCUCAUCGAGUCCAUGCACAAGAUGGAAGUAUGGGGAAAGCUCAAGGAGCUUGAAUUCUACAUCCAUCUGUCCCCUUCGACAGACCUGAAUCGCGACGAGCGCGACGCCAUCGCCGACUGUCUGGAGUGCAAGUUCGCCAAGGGUGAUUUCGACACGCUGCAACGCGACUUCCAGACCAAGCUGACCGCUUUGGAGAGAGUGACGCGCGGCAGAUACGAACAUGUCAUCGCUUUCCUGCGCCCCCUGGGCUCCCCCAGCAAAACGGAGAUGACCAACUACGCUCUGCGCACUCUAGACUCCUCCAAUGUCGACUGCCUCAAGGACCUGCUCGUCAAAGAACGUAACAUCCGUAUCAACAGCGUCGCAGACAGCAUCAUCGACGCCCUCAAGAAGCCCGGUUCUCUGACAUUCGAGGCAUCCCGCGACGUCACUCUCGACAUUCAGGAGUUUGUGACGUAUCUUUUCCCGUGGCAACGGCAGAUCCUUCAUCUCCAUCUGCUCACCUCCAAAGGCAAGCCUCAUCCUGCAGAGGUCGCCUGGACUCAGGAUGCGUUAAUGUCACCUGGAAUUGCGCAGGUGGUUCAUGAGAUGAUGACAGAGCGUCGUGACGUCAAGUCACCAGAAAUGCAACAACUAUCCAUGACAAUCGAGACAAUCAUAGCUCAGACCACCUUUCCACAGCCGGGCUUCAUGGCAGCAAAGUUGCGAUCCGAAGCUGGAGAUCUGUGCAAACAAGAGAUGGACGGCCUGAUAGGGAAGAUUCGGGAUGCCCAAGAUUUUAUUCGGCGCUAA